AUAUAUAAAUCCUUUUGGACAGUCAAGCAGGAUAAGAAAAUGGAAGCUUUUAUUUUGAAGGAAACACGGCGCCCAUGCGGUCAUAUUCUUCCUGCGUCGCGUUAACUUGACUCAACUUGUCAAAAUGGCGUUGUUCGUAAUAGGAGACCGGAGUUAGUUCAUAUUAUUCACUGCCAUUUAUUCCGUUAUUGGGCAACAAACGCAGCAUCAGCCACGACAGAAUGGCGACCCUGGAUCAGAAAUCACCCAAUGUGCUCCUCCAGAGUCUCUGCUGCAGGAUCACCGGCAAAAGUGAAGCUGAAGUCGCCCACCAGUUCCAGUAUGCAGUACGAGUCAUUGGCAGUAACUACGCCCCCACUAUUGAACGGGAUGAGUUCCUGGUGUCAGAGAAGAUCAAGAAAGAAUUGCUGAAGCAGAGGAGAGAAACAGACGCUGCUCUGUUCUCAGAGCUGCACAGAAAACUACAGACGCAGAGUGUUCUGAAGCAUCGCUGGUCUGUUCUCUACUUGCUGCUCAGCCUCUCUGAAGACCCUCGCAAACCAUCCAGCAGGGUCGGGAAUUAUGGAGCGCUCUUCGCCCAGGCCCUCCCCAGGGACGCCCACUCCACCCCGUUCUACUGCACCCGGCCCCAGAGCCUGGCCCUGGGCUACGGGGAGAGGAGCGCUGGUCUGUCAGCCAGUGUGGGGACCAGCGGCAUCUCCAGUCUGGGAGUGUACACACUGAACGGGCCCACGGCGACGCCACAGUCACUGCUGGCUGGUCAACCUCCUCAGUCUGCAGCAGCAGGCGGUCAGCCUCUGGGCUCUCGGCUGGCCUGGGCUCUUCCUGUCAGCUGCUCUCCGUCCUCCGCUCUGGCGCCAAUCGCCACUCGACCGCCGCUCGGACCUCCAGUUCCCUCCUCCAGACUCGUGCGUCCUCGCCGAGACGGGGAGGUGAGCGAGGCGUCGCUGGUGCGGGACAUCCUCUACGUCUUCCAGGGGAUCGAUGGGAAGUUCAUCAAGAUGAGCGCCCAGGAUAACUGCUACAAAAUAGACAGCAAGGUGGUGCUGUGCAAGUCCCUGAGAGACACCAGCAGCAGACUGGCCGAGCUCGGCUGGCUCCACAACAAAGUCAGGAAGUACACCGACGCCAGGAGCCUGGACCGGGCCUUCGGUCUGGUCGGACAGAGCUUCUGUGCCUCGCUGCACCAGGAGCUGAAGGAGUACUACAGGCUGCUGUCUGUCCUCCACUCCCAGCUGCAGGUGGAGGAUGAACAAGGUGUGACUGUGUGCACGGAGAGCAGUCUGACUCUCAGAAGGCUCCUGGUCUGGAUGUACGACCCCAAAGUACGACUCAAAACGCUGGCGGCCCUCGUCGACUUCUGCCAAGGUCGGAAAGGAGGCGAGCUGGCCUCAGCGGUCCACUCCUACGGGAAAACAGGAGACCCACAGAUGAGAGCGCUGGUUCAACACAUCCUCAGCCUGGUGUCGCACCCCAUCCUCAACUUCCUGUACAGGUGGAUUUAUGACGGCGAGCUAGAAGACACCUACCACGAGUUCUUUGUAGCAUCAGAUCCCAACGUGAAGACGGAUCGUCUGUGGCACGACAAGUACUCCCUCAGGAAGUCAAUGAUCCCCUCAUUCAUCACCAUGGACCAGGCCCGCAAGGUUCUGCUGAUUGGUAAAUCCAUCAACUUCCUGCAUCAGGUUUGUCACGACAGAACGCCACCAGGGAAAAUCACGCCAGCAUGCAAGUCUGCAGACACACCAAAAGAUGCUGCUGAGCUGCUGUCAGACCUGGAGGGGGCGUUUCAGGAGAAGAUCGACGCCGCCUACUUUGACACCAGUAAAUACCUGCUGGACGUCCUCAACCGCAACUACCUGCUGCUGGAGCAUCUGCAGGCCAUGAGGAGAUACCUGCUGCUGGGACAGGGGGACUUCAUCAGACACCUCAUGGACCUGCUCAAGCCAGAGUUGGUGCGUCCUGCCACCACUCUGUACCAACACAACCUGACUGGGAUCUUAGAGACGGCAGUCAGAGCCACAAACGCCCAGUAUGACAAUGCAGAGAUCCUCAAGAGGCUGGACGUACGCCUGCUAGAGGUGUCUCCUGGUGAUACAGGCUGGGAUGUUUUCAGUCUGGACUAUCAUGUUGAUGGACCGAUUGCUACGGUGUUUACAAGGGAGUGUAUGGGCCACUACCUGCGUGUGUUUAACUUCCUGUGGCGAGCCAAGAGGAUGGAGUACACACUGACGGACAUCUGGAAGGGACAGAUGUGUAACGCCAAGCUGCUCAAAACUAUGCCUGAGUUGUCCGGCGUGCUGCAUCAGUGUCACAUCCUGGCCUCCGAGAUGGUCCACUUCAUCCACCAAAUGCAGUACUACAUCACCUUUGAGGUGCUGGAGUGCUCCUGGGACGAGCUGUGGAACAAAGUGCAGCAGGCUCAGGACCUCGACCACAUCAUCGCUGCACACGAAGCCUUCCUUGAUAGCGUCAUCUCAAGAUGCCUGCUGGACAACAACAGCAGGUCUCUGUUGAACCAGCUGAGGGCCAUAUUCGACCAGAUCAUCGAGUUUCAGAGCGCCCAGGACUCCCUGUACCGCUCGGCGCUCGAGGAACUCACCCUCCGGCUGCAGUUUGAGGAGAGGAAGCAAAAGAGAGAGGAGGAGGGUCAGUGGGGAGUGACGGCCGAACAGGAAGCGGAGGAGAAGAAGAGGGUUCAGGAGUUCCAGGACACCAUACCAAAGAUGCGCUCCCAGCUCCGCAUCCUCACACACUUCUACCAGAGCAUCGUCCAGCAGUUCCUGGUGCUGCUGAUGACCAGCACAGAUGAGAGUCUGCGUUUCCUUAGCUUCAGACUGGACUUCAAUGAGCACUACAGGGCCAGAGAGCCGAGGCUGCGAGCCUCACUUGGCGCCACCAGGGGGCGACGCCCAUCAAACAUCUGACCUCAUGACAUCGACAAGCGAGGCUUCCAGUCAUUGGAGCGUGGGGUAUGACAUCACAGUGGGCAGUCGUGACAUCACAGAGACGGGCCCGACGAGCAGACUUACAGCGCUUCAUGUUGAGAUGAUGUCAUGCCUUGGAGGAGCGAUCCAGCGCUGUUCUGGUGGCGCAGCCGCCGCCGCCAAGUGAUGACAUCACAGCAGACAGCUCCAGUGAGGUCGGCUGCGUGGGAUCACAAAGGAAUAAAGUCCAGUAAAUCAGUCAGAGCUUGUCGUGACAUGAAGAGUAAACACCGUAAACAAGCUGCGAGAAAUUCAGCAAGAAUUCUGCAAUUUGGGCAAACUGAGUGUUGGGAGGUAAAUAAAAGCAGCGGUCGGACUGAGCUCCCCGAGUCACAUGGCAUGCCUUAUUAAUGAGAAAACAAAACUUUUUCUCAGCGUGGUUGCCAAAUCUAGUCCCAACACACACAAUGUAUGUACAUAGAGUUUAUGCAAAAAUGUAUGUAUGUGUAUAAAUGCAUCUUCACCUGUGGCUUUGCAUCUUCUCACUAGGGUUCAACCGAUAUGGGUCUGAUAUUGAUAUUUUUUCAAUUUUGUAUUUGCAGCAGUUAUUAAAAAUGAUUCAAUUUGUGCAUUUUUAGUACAAUUAUUCCACACACAAAAGUGCAGUGUUUCUGCUGGAGAUGUGUUGUCGUUCAGGUGGAACUUCAGCGUACUGAAUAUUUAAUAUUUACAGUCAGUAUUGGGACUCCAGUAUAUCGGUCUAACCCUAGUUCUCCACUCACCACUCCUUAAAUCCAGGGUUUUAUAGUGUGUCGGGUCAGCUGUCCAAUAACAAUCACACACACACACACACACACACACUCUGCUGACAGUACUGCUUCCAUUGACAUGAAGACAAACCUGGCUCAUACAGACAGAAAGCCCCUUUGUUUACACCUUAUAGGAAUAGAACUUUAGUUGUUUAAUUUAAUGUUUAGCAUUAAUAUGGAAGCCCCUGAGUGGCUGGUGAUUUUUUUCUAAGUCUGAUCUGAAUUGUUUUCCCUCCUGUGUUUGACUGAAAAACUAGUGAAAGAAAGUUUUACCUGGAUCAUCUUUCUGUGUAACUGUCACGUGUUUCUUCUAAUGUAUUAAAAUGUAUGCUAAUUAGUGCUAAUGGCAUAUUAGGUGAUAGUAAGAAAAAAAAAUACCAAUUAUUUUUUUCCCACAAGUUUUCACAGAUGGGGGAAAAAAACAAGUAAAUUAAAAAAUUUCUGGAUUUAUUUUUUCCACCUGUCAAGAAAUUGUGAAAAAAGUGAUCCUUCCAAAAAAUAAUAAUUAAAAAAACCUGCCAAGCCUUUUUUCCCCCACCAGUUUUCACAGUAAUGUAAAAUAAAUUAUCUACUUUUUUUUUCAACAGAUUAAAAAAAUAACUUUGGGGAAAAAUUAAUUAUUCUGGAAAUCUUUUUUCUGGGAUAAUUUAUAAUUAUAAUUAGGAAUCCUAACAAAAAAGAAAAAAAGCUCCCCCCCCCCACCACACCUUUUGUUCACUGCUUAGAUUAAUUAUCCUGAAAAAAACUGUUUUUACUUCACCUUUUGCACGGAUGGAGAAAAAAAAGAAUUUGGAACAGAAAUCCAGGCAAAAACUUUUUUUCAAGUCAUAAACAGGAGAGAAAUCUAUUUAGAUGAAACAGAAAAUUGAUCACCAGAAUAUUUUUUUUAUCAUUUCCUUCUCAGGCGAGGCAACAAAAUAACAUCAGGCUUCCCAUCGACUGAUGUCAAGAAUGUUGUUAAGAGUUAAGUGUGUUUUUCUCUGCUUAGUUUACACUUUGUGUUGAGUUUUAUGUCCGUAUGAGAGACGGAUCAUGUCAAAGAAACAAUCCUCACAACAACCACAACAACCUCACUCUGCUCAUAAACAACAGGAACUAUACAUGUUUAACAAAUGUAAAUAUUUCUAAGUGAAAGUCCAUAUUUAAAGAAUUUAAUGGUUAUAACUUGGGCAGUUUAUUUUCUGAAAACAAGUUAUAAAAAAGCAAGAGUGUUGUUAGUCGUGUUGAGGUUUGCUCCGUGUGCAUAUGAGAUGAAGAUUGUUCACUUUUUAUUAAUUGGGCUUAACUAUUUGCUGGAUUUCCUUUCGGAGUACACAAUCAAAUUAUUUUUGCUCUAAAAAAAGAAGUAGCAUUUGAAUCAUCAAGUUAAACAAUCAUUUCCAUAUGAACAGCUGUGAGCAGUGAUCUCACCUUGUACUGUAGGAGAUCUGAUCCUGGGUCAGUUUCUACAAGCAAACAGAUAAAAUCAUCACACAAAGGAUGUAAAAUUACAGAUGCACAGGCUAAAAGUCUAAGUUUCAUAUAAUGACUGGACCAGCUCUCUAACAAUUCCUUCAUGUUUAAAUAUUUCAGAAAUAAUCAAAUUAAUUGGAGAGAAGUGAAACUGAACCAGGGUCAGCACUCCUGCACUGUCGGUCCUCCUCAUUGUAUAGCACAUAAUGUAUAGAAUAUAGGGAAACAAACCAUCCCGCUUCUUCUUUAAUAAAAUGUUUUUUUUUAUUCA